AUUUUCAAGAUGGCUGCAUUGUUACGAAAAUUUUCGGGGCUUUCUGGCACCAGAAGCGGCAUACAAUGCUGCAGACUGGCUCCAUCUCUGACCUCAGUCCGUUUUGUUUAUAAACAAGUAACUCGUGAAGCUGGUGAUAUUGACAUGAGCAGUGAUGCCAUUUAUGAGCGUAAUGCCAGCACUCUGUUUUUCACAGAGCUAUUCCGAGGUCUUGCAAUGACAUUCAGCAUGAUGUUAAGAGAACCAGCAACAAUCAACUAUCCAUUUGAAAAGGGGCCACUCAGCCCCAGAUUCAGAGGUGAACAUGCGUUACGUCGAUAUCCCUCAGGGGAGGAAAGAUGCAUUGCGUGUAAACUCUGCGAAGCUGUCUGCCCCGCCCAGGCCAUAACGAUCGAAGCAGAACCUCGAGCUGAUGGCAGCCGAAGGACAACCAGAUAUGACAUUGACAUGACAAAAUGUAUUUAUUGUGGAUUUUGCCAGGAAGCUUGUCCUGUUGAUGCCAUUGUGGAGGGACCAAACUUUGAAUUCUCUACAGAAACUCAUGAAGAACUAUUGUACAACAAGGAGAAAUUAUUGGACAACGGCGACAAGUGGGAGGCAGAAAUAGCUGGCAAUAUUCAAGCUGAUUAUUUGUAUAGAUAAAUACUGAACUGUGCAUAUUUACUUUGUUGGAAGAUGUUGUAGAUCGUGAGCUGUAUUUUCAGCUAAA